UGACCAUUAUAUUUUUUUACUCUUUUUCUCUAUCUUUGAUAAAACCCGUAAGAGAGAAAUGAGGAACCAUUCCGUGCAGACAGAGUUCAUUCUUUUGGGUCUGACAGAUGACCCUGUGUUGUAGAUUGUAAUCUUCUUCUUUUUAGUUUUUACCUACAUGUUGGUGAGUGUGACAGGAAACUUAACCAUCAUCAUUCUCACUCUGCUGGAUUCCCACCUUAAGACGCCAAUGUAUUUCCUCCUACAAAAUUUUUCCGUUUUAGAAAUCUCAUUCAGAACUGCUUGUAUUCCAAGGUUCCUUGUGAGCCUUGUGACAAAGGACAGAACUAUUUCCUACAUGAGUUGUAUGACUCAGUUAUUUUUUUUCAUCUUUUUCGGAGUAACUGAAUUUUGCCUUCUGGCUGCUAUGUCCUAUGGUUAUGCGGCUAUUUGUAAACCUCUUCAUUACACCACCAUCAUGAGCAACAGAGUUUGCUACCAACUCGUAAUCGGCUCUUGGGUAACUGGAUUCCUGAUUAUCCUUCCUCCAAUGAUCAUGGGAUUCCAGUUGGAAUUCUGUAAUUCUAAUGUCAUUGAUCAUUUUAUUUGUGAUUCUUCUCCCAUCCUACAGAUCUGUUGUUCAGAUACACAUUUGCUAGAACUGUCUUUUUCCUUGGCUGUGGUGACACUAAUGGCCACACUGAUGUUAGUGAUUCUCUCCUAUGGCUGUAUUAUCAAGACAAUUCUCAAAUUCCCUUCUGCUCAGCAAAGGACCAAAGCCUUUUCUAUCUGUUCUUCCCACAUGAUUGUAGUUUCCAUUUCUUAUGGUAGCUGCAUCUUCAUGUAUAUAAAACCAUCAGCAAAUGAUAGAGCAACUUUAAGCAAAGGAAUAGCUGUGCUCAAUACCUCAGUUGCCCCUUUAUUGAAUCCCUUCAUUUAUACCUUAAGGAACCAGCAAGUGAAGCAGGCCUUUAAGGACAUGGUCCAAAAAGUUUUGUUUUCUUCAAACAAAUGA